AGUUGCGGCGAUGGCGUGGUAGCAAGGUCCUAUAUGGAACUAGUUCUCACCGGUUGGAGACGCGUCACCCCGUCUCUCAAAAUCCCCUUCGUCUCCGUUCCACUUCCCGAGUUCCUCUAGAUCCUCCAUCAGACCAUAACUCGUCAUCUCUCUCUCUCUCUCUGAAAUCUAGGUCACAGCAGCAGCAUAAGCGUCUCCAUUUCACCUUCACAGCCAUGAAUAUCUUCCGAUUAGCUGGGGACAUGACGCAUCUCAUCAGUAUCAUAGUCCUCCUCCUCAAAAUCUACGCUACCAAAUCAUGUUCAGGGAUUUCGCUCAAGACGCAGGAGCUGUAUGCCCUGGUGUUCUUGACUCGCUACUUGGAUCUAUUCACCGACUUCAUCUCCGUGUACAACACUGUGAUGAAGAUUGUGUUCAUUGUAACCUCUCUGGCAAUCGUGUGGUGCAUGCGGGUGCACCGUGUAGUGAAGCGGUCCUAUGACAGAGAGCUCGACACCUUUCGUCACUACCUUCUCGUUGCCGCAAGCUUUGUCUUGGCGCUCCUUGUUCACGAGAAGUUCACAUUUCAAGAGAUCUUCUGGGCAUUUUCAAUAUACUUGGAGGCAGUUGCAAUUCUCCCGCAGUUAGUUCUGCUACAGCGAAGUGGAAAUGUAGACAAUUUAACAGGGCAAUAUGUUUUCUUUCUUGGGGCUUAUCGGGCAUUUUACAUCCUCAACUGGAUCUAUCGCUAUUUCUCAGAGCCGCAUUUUAGUCGAUGGAUAGCCUGCGUCUCUGGUCUUGUCCAGACAGCACUUUAUGCAGAUUUCUUCUAUUUUUACUUUAUUAGCUGGAAAAAUAAUGCGAAACUUCAGCUGCCAGCUUGAGCCUGAGCAGGGAGAUGUCAAAGGUUUUUAGUUAAUUCUGCUGAAUCAUGGCGAGGUUCGGGAAAACACACCUCCAUAAUCACAGAUAUGAGUUUUGUAGUUCUGAACUCAGAUGACUUCCUGAUGUCGAACAUCAAUGGGAAAUCAGUGGCGGUCUGCGUGGAGAUACCCAUCACACGUUCACACUAAAAUUUAGAGCAAACAAGCACCCUUACCCUUCUUCAUCUGAGGUUACCGUUUUUACAUACUAACCAUCUUGCCAUUACUGACAUGUAAAGAUGUUAUUGAAGGAAAAAGAAUGUGGAUUUUGCUUACCAACCUUACCCAAUGCAUCAAUUUACUGUAGAUGCCAUAAUUCAGAACCUGCCCUUGAGAGAAA